AUGGAAAUGCCUUGUUUCCCUCCCACUACUAUGGCAGCUCUCGCAACCUCACACAGAACACUUAGCACACAACUUUUAAUCCCUCAAAGUUAUAACAGAGAAAGUUUAAACUACUAUGAUGGAGAAAAUGCAGAUCCUCGAACCCUCGACCUAUUUCCACAUAAGAAUGAUGACCAAGAUGGCAUUUGUCUUGCUGAGAGGAAAUCCAUGUUCUGUGCCAGUAAUGCAGCAGAGGAAGGGACAAAUAACACAGGGUCCCAUGUUCAGUCCCAGCAAAGCACAAGGUGGAGUCCAACGCCAGUUCAGUUACUGGUCCUUGAGGAAUUGUAUAGGCAAGGCACUAAAACACCAUCAGCUGAACAGAUUCAGCAAAUAGCUUCACAGUUGCGGCAGUUUGGGAAGAUUGAAGGGAAGAACGUGUUCUACUGGUUCCAGAAUCACAAGGCGAGAGAGAGACAGAAGAGGCGCCGCAGGGAGAUGGAGGAAAAUAAUGCUGCUUCUUCUAGCGAAGGGUUGAAAGAGACAGGUUGUGGAGUUAAAGAGACAAAGAAGUGGGCAUCCACUUCAAACUGCAGUCUACAUGCAGAGGAAUCUGCCGCACUGGAUAUAGCAGAAAAAGGCUCUAAUGGGUGGACUCAGUUUGAGGAGAGAGGCAUACAAGUUUUGAGGAGAAACAUAUCAGAAAGAAGGUUGCAAUUGCAAGAUAACAUGGAAAUGCCUUGUUUCCCUCCCACUACUAUGGCAGCUCUCGCAACCUCACACAGAACACUUAGCACACAACUUUUAAUCCCUCAAAGUUAUAACAGAGAAAGUUUAAACUACUAUGAUGGAGAAAAUGCAGAUCCUCGAACCCUCGACCUAUUUCCACAUAAGAAUGAUGACCAAGAUGGCAUUUGUCUUGCUGAGAGGAAAUCCAUGUUCUGUGCCAGUGCUUCUAUGGACACUGAUAUCACCUCCAGCCAGUUUUUUGAGUUUCUUCCUUUAAGAAACUGAAUGUGAUUUUUAUAAUACAUGAGAUGUUUAACCAAAAAUAAUUGGCUGUAAUGAAUAAUAUAUAUACAUGUCUAUUAGUUUCUCUUUUCUG